AUGAUUUUACGAGUAUUUGCGCUGCUAACAGAUUUACUACUGUUGGCACGACUUGCUGUAGCAACAGGAACAACACAUGAAUACAACUUCACUACAGGAUGGGUGGCAAGAAAUCCCGAUGGCGUGAAAGAACGAAUGAUGAUUGGAUUCAACGGAGAAUGGCCCAUUCCAGAGAUCCACAUCAACAAAGGCGAUCGACUGAUCGUCAGACUCACAAACGGAUUUGAAGAUAUACCCACCUCCUUACAUUUCCAUGGAUUUUUCCACCGUCAAGCAGACGAGAACAUGAAUCAGAUGGACGGGCCACCACUGGUCACGCAAUGUCCGAUUAUGCCUGGUGACACAUACGUUUACAAUUUUACGGUUGUCAACCAAGUCGGAACAUACUGGAUUCACUCUCAUUCCGGUGCCCAGUAUACAGAUGGUAUGCGAACCGCACUUAUUGUGCACGAUGAGGAUGAACCUUUUCAAUACGAUGAGGAAAAAGUUAUCCAGAUCGGAGAUCAUUACCACAAACCUUACUACGAGGUUAUGGACGAGUUUUUGACUAGGUACAACCCCACAGGUGCGGAGCCAAUCCCGCAAAAUAUUCUUUUCAAUAACACGGUGAACGCAUCGCUAAGUUUCGAUCCUGAUACCGUAUAUCUACUGCGUUUCAUCAACGUUGGAAAUUUUAUCUCGCAAUAUCUCUACAUGGAAGACCACGAUUUCACCAUUGUUGAAGUCGAUGGCAUUUACACAAAUCCCAGCACCACGAGCCUCUUAUAUUUAGCGCCUGGUCAAAGAAUGUCAGUCCUGGUGAAAUCACAUUCCCACGCCUCCAAAAACUACGCUCUUAUGCAAAUCAUGGACGAAACAAUGUUAGAUGAAGUGCCUUCUGAUCUUGUUUUGAACCGCACAAACCAGAUAAUUUACGAUGAAAACGCUCCUCGAGCCAAAGAGUAUUUUAUUGACUCUUUCUCGGCAGUUACGAACGAUUUUUUCUUGACGCCUUUGGCUGGAAAAGAACUUCUUUCCGAUUACGACUACCAGAUAUCUUUGGAUGUCAAGAUGGACAAUCUCGGGGACGGUAAAAAUUACGCGUUUUUCAACAACAUCACGUAUGUUGCUCCCAAAGUGCCAACUUUAAUAACUGCACUUUCUGCGCCAGAGGACUUGGCCAAGAAUCCUGCAAUUUAUGGUGACAAUGUGAACGCCUUUGUUCUCGAGCAUGGGGAGGUGAUCGAAGUCGUAAUAAACAAUUACGAUGAUGGAAGACAUCCAUUCCAUUUGCACGGACACAACUUUCAGAUAGUACAAAAAUCACAAGCGUUUCUCGGGGAGAAUUCGAAAGACGAACUCGACAGCGGAGAACCGGUGCCUUACAACGAAACCGCUCCGUUGAUGCCAUAUCCUGAAAUACCGAUGCAAAGAGACACUGUGGUGUUAGAGCCUAAUGGUCAUAUUGUUCUGCGUUUCGUCGCUGACAACCCCGGUAUCUGGUUUUUCCACUGCCACGUGGACUGGCAUUUGGAGCAAGGUCUUGCAGCAGUUUUCGUCGAAGCGCCCUUGGUCUUGAGAGAGAAAGAAGUAUUAUCUGAGAGCUUUAAACAGGUCUGUUCCGCGGGCAACUACCCACUUUCAGGAAAUGCCGCCGGUAAUGAAGAAGAUUGGCUCAACUUAGCAGGAUUGCCACGACAGCCAAAACCGUUGCCGGACGGCUUUACUUUGAAAGGUUACAUUGCAUUUGCCGUCUCGUGCAUGGUUGGCAUAUGGGGCAUUUUUACAAUUGUGCAGUACGGAUUGAGCGAGUCUACCCAAAACGAUCAAGUCAUGUACCACAAGCUACUCAAUAUACUUGACGAAACAGAAGAAACAAGAUGA